AUGCAGGCUACGGCUGAACACGCAACAGCUAAAAUAGCGGUGUGGUGGGACAUGAAGGACUGUCCGAUUCCGGAGGGUUAUGAUCCUGCUCUGGUCCGACAGAGUAUAGAAGGGGCGUUCAAGGAAAAAGGCUACUCUGGCCCUGUCUCCGUCACUGCCUAUGGUGACCAAACACAAACCUCUGGUCACAUCCUGCAAGGGCUCUUAUCCACUGGAGUCUCUGUAGUACAUACCAGACCCGAAAGCACAAACUACCACAUGCAUCGGGAUAUGGUGGAGUGGCGAGGUCAGAAUCCUCCUCCGGCUACAAUGAUGAUCAUAUCAGAUAAGGUGCCAGGUGUCUUCGAUUGGGAUCUGCUCAGGCUACAACAACGGACUCUAUACAACCUUUUUCUGGCUUAUUCAGUUAAGCCUCUAUGUGGUACUCUUCUCUGCACAAGUGAAGAGUGGUGCUGGAGAUAUUUACUAUUUAGUAGUCUAAGCCGACGACGAGAAGUUGUUCAGUGUGCCAAGUUGUAUUGCUACUCGUGCGAUUUCGAUUGCCAAAGCCUCAAGAAAUUCCAGAAGCAUCUCUCGACUUAUAAGCAUGCACGGGAAGAGCAUGUAAACCCUACGCACGACGAGGUCGUUUGUGUAACGGAGAGCUGGGGAAGGAACUACAAGGCUACUCCUGAAUUUGCGACAGCUAAAAUACAGGUGUGGUGGGACAUGUCGACUUGUCCGAUUCCCGAAGGUUAUGAUGCUCCUCUCGUCCGUCCCAGUAUGGAAGCGGCAUUCAAGGAACUAGGCUACUCCGGUCCUGUCUCUAUCACUGCCUAUGACGACCAUAAUCAUACUCCCCUGCAAACUCUGCAAGCUCUCUCUUCCACUGGUGUCCUUGUUGUACAUGUCAUUCCCGAUUUCAAAGACUUGUCUUCAGAUCUGCACGCUUGGCAUUAUGCUAAUCCACCUCAAACAGCUGCUAUAAUGAUGGUCAUAUCGGAUCAUGUGGAUUGGAAUUCACAUGGUCUUGUCCGCCUACUACAAGAGAAUAAUUACAACCUUUUUCUGGCUUAUUCAUUUAGGCCUUCCAAAAUGUCAUUCCUGCUCACUUCGGCAGAGUGGCUCUGGGAAAGCUUACUUGCAGGUUCAGAGAAAAGAGCACUACGCAGUGAAAGUGAAAGCGGUGGUGCACCUACCUCAAGGAGAAUAGACUUCCUGCGUUUUAUAACUCCAAACUUCAGUUCAACAUGCGAGCUCGAAUAG